AUGCUGCCUAGUGCAUUAUUCGACCAAGUUAUUCGCGACGCGGAACGAACACUAUUAUGUGGGAAUAUAGAACGGAGUGCAUUUUCUUUCAUGUCUAAUUGGGAGCAAUCGCACAUUGAGAAGGAGACACGUCGACGGCUACCACAUUCUCCUUUUUAG